AUGGAAGCAGUGCAGACUGCAUUGAUAACGGGUUUGAUGCAUCACCUAUCUGGUGCCAAUUGUCAUCACCACCCACCUGCUUUGUUAUCACCACCCGUACCUCUUCAAAUAAAGGGAUAUAAGUCGUGGCAGUUUAUAUACGGCAGUACGACCACGAGAUUACGAUCCUCUAUGUUCACCGGCGCGUUGCUUCACACGCCAAUUCCGACGGUUCUCUUCGGUUCCUCCAGCCAAUCGCCGUCGCCACCGACCUUUUCGGCGUCUUACUCUUCUAAGCUAAACUGCAAUAUUCGUUUAUCCAUGGCCUCCUCCGUCAGGAUAGUCAUCGUCGGAGACGUUCAUGAUGAUUGGAAUCUCGAAGAAGAUUCAAAGGCUCUUGAGCUAUUGCGGCCAGAUUUGGUGCUAUUUACAGGUGAUUUUGGUAAUGAAAAUGUUAAACUUGUUAGAAGCAUUGCAGCACUGAAAAUGCCCAAAGCAGCUAUUCUAGGGAACCAUGAUGCCUGGAAUACACAAAGUUUUUCUGAAAAGGGGAAAGAUGCUGUUCAACUCCAGCUGGAAAGUUUUGGGGAAGAACAUGUUGGUUACCAAAGAUUGGACUUCCAUUCAUUGAAGCUUAGUGUUGUUGGAGGACGCCCCUUUUCUUGUGGAGGUGAAAGGCUCUUUAGGAAACAACUUUUGACUAAAAGAUAUGGAGUUCACAACAUGAACGAAAGUGCAAAGAAAAUCUGUGAAGCUGCUGUAGGGACACCAAAGGAUCAUUCCAUCAUUCUUCUUGCUCACAAUGGGCCCACAGGGCUUGGGUCCAACAUGAAUGACAUUUGUGGAAGAGAUUGGGUGCGUGGAGGUGGAGACCAUGGUGAUCCAGAUUUAGCGGUUGCUAUAUCUCAACUUAAAGGUAGCGGUAGUAGUAGCACCAAAUAUUCCAUUCCAGUGGUGGUGUUUGGACACAUGCAUAAGGAGCUGGCAUUUGGAAAUGGUCAACGUAAAAUGAUUGUGGUUGGGGAUGGGGAUGACAACACCAUAUACCUAAACGGGGCCAUUGUUCCUAGGGUCAAAAGAUUCUCUCACAACACACUUCGAGCCUUUACUUUAAUAGACUCAAAACAAGGAAAACUAGAAAAAAUCACCCAAACUUGGGUUUCAGUUUCAUUAACCCAAGAUACGGAUACCACCACUAUUGAGGAGGAACAUAUUUUAUUUACUAAUAACAACAUACCCACUACAUCUUCUAUAUAAUAUAUACUAUAUAAAAAAAAAAAACAUAAAAUUUUAUAUGAAUAAGUGGACUUUUAGGGUGUUACGAUGGGCAGGUGGAGAUGACAUGAAAAUAAGUAGUGACCCACCUAGACAAAUGUUGAAAGGUGAAAUGAAAAGUAUUAAAGGUGAUGGGCGAUGGGGGUCAGAUGUGUAACUAAUUUUGUAAGUGUUGACUCAUUCCUUUUGAAUAGUGAAUACUACACCAACUUUACUUUACUUUUACUUUAUUUCUUAUUGUUUAAGUUUGAUAGUACACUCUUUUUAAUCAUGC